AUGCCUCCAUUUCCUGAAGAUGAUGCUAUUUCAACAGCAUGGAGCCGAUCUCCAUUUUGGCUACAGGCUGCCAUUUGGGUUCUCCGGAGGCCAUACAAAUUUCCCACCCAUGGCUGUAGAUCUCUUCGCUGA